UAAAGUUUUAAUAAUGGAAAAUUAUUCAUCUAUUUACUUCUUUCAAAUUUUUUUUAUAAACGAUGCAUUCCAGGUACAAUUUCAUCCAAAUUAUCCAUUCAACUUUUAUUGCGCAUGCGAGAGAGGAAUGCUUAUUCGUCUUGAUACUAAGGAGUCUUUAUUCAUUUGUUGUGACUUUUAAUCAUUUGAUUUAAUUUUUUUUAUUAAUUAUUAUUUUUUGUUAUGUGAAGUAAGAAGUGAAAAAAAUAAAGUAAAAAAAGAAGUUUAAAGUUUACAUAAAAAGUUCUCCCAGUGACAAGGAGUAUCAUGAACUUGCCAAAUCUUUAAUUUAUAAUCUAAUCUAUAAUGUAAAUUAUCUUAUGUUUAAUAAAAAUGGUCAUGAAAAAUUGCUCUUAUUACACCUUUAACUCGCACUAUUCUAUUUGCCUGCAGCAUGCGAAUGGAAUAUAUACAUUUUAUCUUUUUAAAACAAUCUUAAAUUUUGUUAUUCUUAAUUAUAUUUUUAAUUUUAUUUUUUUUGUAUAUUAAUCAUAUUUUAUUUUUAAUUUUAUUCAGUUACUCGUGGCUCCUGCAAAAAAAAGUGCCGUCAAUGCUCCACUGAAUAUCGUGCUUACGAUUCUGCUGUUUCACCACAAGGCUAUAAAAUGCCGAUUUGUUUGCUACGACACUUAAUGAAAACAUAUGACCAUCACGAACGAGUACAAAAAUAAGUCAAUUUUCGAAGAAUUUAAAAUCGGGGCGAUGAUGCAUUGUGCAUUUCCGUAAAAACUUUUAAUUAUGCCUUAUAAUUAUAAUUAUGCAUUAAGGUACCUUCGUAGAUUCGUAUUUGAGAUAGUGUGCAAGAAUUUUCUAGUGAAAAUUUACUUUAGAAUAGUAAUAGUUGGCGGAGAAUCGAUAUAUUCAAAGCACGGAACAAAAAUCGUAAGCGACAGGUGCUAUGGAGAAAAAUUCAUUUUUUAUUUUAGAAAUAAUCAGUGUGUAAUUAGUGAGCGGCAGGUUUGUCUAACUGCUCUACUGAGAUAUAGAAAAUAACUUAUUCGAUUCGAUUAGUCUUCGUUUACGUUCUCUCGAUUUCCAAUAUUUCAGUAAUCAUGAUUGGGUACCAAUAUUUCAAUAAUCAAUAGCAUAGAUUUUGUUAUUUAACAUCUCUUGCACCAAGCAUUUCUUAUUUGUUUUGAAAUAGUUAUCUCUGGAUUUAACUGAUAUCGAAUAUUAUUUUUUUUGUCUGUAUAUUAAUUGGUUUAAUUACCCAAA